GUCAUUUCAGAGCUGAUGACUUAACAUUUUAGAUGUUGAUACAGUUGUUCCGGUUGUCUUUCACUCUGCAGUCAAUGGCAUUGGAAUCUUCGUUUCGUUUUAGUGGUGCAAAACGUAUAGCUAUCCAUAAUUUGGUGGCAAAAUAUCUUAACUUCAGUAGUCAGCUGAUGGCCAUACCAUCGCUUUGUCAACAUGUUCAGCAGAUUGUAAAGCAACGGGCGUUACGAGCCCAUCCGUUACUGAACGUUUUGCCAGAAUUACAACCUGAUAAAAAGAGUCCGAAAAAGGCGCCGCUUGCGUGUGAUGACGAUGAAGAACAAGCAGCACUUUGUCUUGAAGAAGAUGCAACAAUUCUUUUCGAUAUCGAUGACGUCAGUGAAAUGCUCAAGGCCACUGGUAAAGAUGUGAAGAACCUGACGGUUGCAUUCGUUUCGAAGGGCGCAGCACUAGCGUCACUAAUAUCGGGUGACAUGAUGGCAAAUAGAGACUGGCCAUUCAGAGAAGUUGAAAAAAUGCAUAAUGUUGAUGGAACAGAUAAUAGUGGAAUUGACGAAAAUACAAUUUCGGUUGAUAUAAGCAUUGAUUGGAGUCCAUCAGAAUCUAUACAAACUUCACGGAAAAAUACACUCUUUUCAUCAACACGCGAAAAAUCCGAUCUUCCCGCUACAACUGUUAAUGAAUUGCGUAAGAGAACGAAUGCGCCAACUGAUCCGAGCGAAGAAGAAAAAAGGGAACAGAAACGGACACAAAGAAUUCUGGAUAAGUUCCGCACCCAGGAUUUCAAUAAACUUGUGGAAGAAAUACAUCAGGAACAUGAAGAAGUUGAUUUAUCGCGAACUGUGAAACGAUUGCUUCAGCGAAAUGACGAUGCAAAUCGUAUGAACGAAUGCGGAUGUUACAGCAAACCGAAAAGUAUCUUCGAACUCGAAUUGCCUGAAUUCUUUGUCUUUUAAUAUGACUUUAGAAAGUCUUAAAUUUAAAGAUUCUAUGACGUAGAUAUAAAAAUACAAGGACAAUAAGUUACAUCUUGUAUCUCUCAUAUAAGUUGAAUUUCUAGUUUCUUGUAUAAGGAAUCUCCACGUGGAACUAUAAGACGUUACAUGUAAUUCUAUAUAUAAAUAUAGCUGCUUAGCGGGAAAAGGAAAGCUGGCAAUGAAGUCAACAAUGAAAAUAAUCUAAUCAGCUACCUUAACGCUUUAAAUAAACCAUGUACGCGGCAAGACGAACAAUCCUUUAUGGUCUGGAUGAGGUAACUAAAUUCAAUUCAGUAAGCG